AUGGCCAGUCACGCUGAGCCAACCAGGCUCUUCCUUUUUGGGGACCAGACCUAUGACUUCGUUGCAGAUUUGCGAGAUCUUCUCAAUAUUCGCAACAAUCCAAUUCUAGUGGCCUUUCUCGAACAAUCGCACCAUGUUAUACGUGCCCAGAUGAUCCGCGAGCUGCCACCAAAAGAGCACAAGCAAGCUCGGACUGCGUCCUUAGCAGAGUUACUGCAGAAAUAUGUCGAUCGAAAGCUGCCGUCUGCUUUCCAGACUGCCCUCUCCUGCGUUACUCAGAUAGGGCUAUUUAUGCGUCAAUUUGAUGACCCGCGUGUUCUUUACCCACACGCUAACGACAGCUACGUCUUGGGAGUCUGCACAGGAUCUCUUGCGGCAGCCGCCAUUAGCUGCAGUACUUCUUUAUCUGAGCUUUUACCAAUUGCUGUCCAGACCGUCCUCGUCGCCUUUCGCCUUGGCCUUUGGGCAGAGAAAGUGCGCGAUAACCUUGAAAUAUCCGAAACCAACCAAACACAGCCCUGGUCGGCAGUGUGUCAUGUUCCACCGGAGGAGGUGGCCAUUGCCAUUGACAGGUUCAGUCAUAAAAAGGUCCGUAGCCCUGUAUACCGUGCUCAAAGACCCUGGAUUACUGCAACAUCAGCCAAAACUACGACAGUUAGCGCAAGCCCUGAUAUCUUGAGCCAGUUGGCUAGUCAAGCACCCUUCACGAAUAGCAAACUGUGGAGGGAGAUUCCAAUCUACGUUCCUGCGCAUAACAACCAUUUGUUCUCCUCAAGGGAUGUCGACGACAUCCUGGCGACCACGAAUGAGAACCCCUGGUCCACCUUCGGCGCCCAAAUACCGUUCCUGUCCUCCGUCACUGGAAAGUUGGCUUGGGUCCGAAACUACCGUGACCUCCUACAUCUGGCCCUCUCGCAAUGCCUUAUCGAACCUAUACGAUGGGACGUCGUCGAGGCAGAAGUGCCGCGGCUCCUCAAAGACCGUGAUGGUCUCGAUACGCUGACAAUUGUAGCCUUCACAACCGUGCUUUCUAAAAGUUUGUCCAAUGCUCUGGUUACCGAAGGAAUAAAGCCAGCAGAACCUCCGACCUCUAUAAAUAAGACCCCGGAGCGAUAUAGCCACCGUCCAGGGUCUGACAGAGGCAAACUGGCGAUUGUGUCUAUGUCUGGUCGAUUUCCCGAGGCCCCUUCUACCGAUUCAUUCUGGGAUCUGCUUUACAAAGGCCUUGACGUUUGUAAAGAGGUCCCCUUGCGUCGAUGGGAUGUAAAGACCCAUGUUGAUCCGAGCGGCAAAGCGCGCAACAAAGGGGCCACACGUUGGGGUUGCUGGCUUGACUUUGCUGGUGAAUUCGACCCACGCUUCUUUAGCAUCUCGCCCAAGGAGGCGCCGCAAAUGGAUCCGGCCCAGAGGAUGGCAUUAAUGUCAACUUACGAAGCCAUGGAGCGAGGAGGCAUUGUGCCAGACACGACACCGUCAACUCAACGUAACCGCAUCGGAGUUUUCCACGGCGUUACCAGUAAUGACUGGAUGGAAACGAAUACCGCGCAAAAUAUAGACACCUACUUUAUCACGGGCGGAAACAGGGGGUUCAUUCCUGGUCGGAUCAAUUUCUGCUUUGAAUUUUCAGGGCCCAGUUAUAGUAAUGACACUGCAUGUUCCUCCAGUCUGGCAGCUAUUCAUCUCGCAUGUAAUUCCCUGUGGCGUGGUGACUGCGAUACUGCGGUGGCUGGAGGCACGAAUAUGAUUUUUACCCCUGAUGGACAUACUGGCCUGGAUAAGGGGUUUUUCCUUUCUCGAACAGGCAACUGCAAGGCUUUUGACGAUGCAGCAGAUGGCUAUUGCCGUGCGGAAGGAGUCGGUACCGUCUUCAUCAAACGUCUUGAGGAUGCAUUAGCAGAAAAUGAUCCUAUUCUGGCCACUAUCCUCGACAUCAAAACAAACCACUCGGCCAUGUCGGACUCAAUGACACGGCCGUUUAAGCCUGCGCAGAUUGACAACAUGUCGGCUUUAUUGAGUACAGCCGGAAUCAGCCCGCUUGACCUUAGCUAUAUCGAAAUGCACGGUACCGGGACGCAGGUGGGUGACGCCGUCGAAAUGGAGUCGGUUCUGAGUCUCUUUGCUCCGGACGAGACAUUUCGACCCCGAGAUAAACCGUUGUACGUGGGAUCUGCCAAAGCGAACAUUGGCCAUGGAGAAGGAGUUUCCGGCGUCACCAGUCUCAUCAAGGUCCUACUGAUGAUGAAAAACGACACCAUUCCUCCUCACUGUGGCAUUAAACCGGGAAGCCGAAUCAACCGGAACUAUCCAGACCUUCCAGCUCGCAAUGUGCAUAUUGCUUUUGAGCCAAAACCGUGGCCUCGGACAGAUACACCUCGACGUGUGCUCAUCAACAACUUUAGUGCCGCUGGAGGGAACACCGCUGUCCUGGUUGAGGACGCUCCUGUUCGUGAUCCCGUAACUGCAUCAGAUCCCCGAACUAGCCACAUUGUUACUGUUUCUGGCCACGUUGGGAAGUCCCUCAAGCUGAACUUGGAGAAAUUGCGGGAUCAUUUGGUGAAGCGGCCGGAAAUCAAUCCUUCGGAGCUCUCAUAUACGACCACUGCCCGGCGAUGGCACCACCCUCAUCGGGUGAGUAUAACAGGAGCUAACACUAUGGAAAUCUUGCGCAAUGUAGAAAGCGCUAUAGCAAGAGGGCAUGGAGUCAACCGCCCCGCAACUAAGCCGAAAAUUGUCAUUGCUUGUAGUGGGCAAGGCUCCCAGUACACAGGGAUGGGCUGGCAGCUAUACAACAGUUAUCCGACUUUCCGGUCUGACCUAGAGCGAUUUGAUCAAUUGGCUAGGAGCUAUGGGUUUCCCAGUUUCCUUGAGGUCUACACCUCCAAGCCAGUCGGCGACAGCAUGGAAGAUCUCCUCCCCGUUAUUGUCCAAUUGGCUUUGGUGAGUCUUGAAAUGGCUUUGGGAAACCUUCUGGGCUCCUUCGGUCUGAAACCAAGUGCAGUCAUUGGCCAUAGUCUUGGCGAAUACGCGGCAUUAUACAUCAGCGGCGUUCUUUCAGCUGCCGAUACAUUGUACUUGGUUGGGAUGAGAGCGAAGCUGCUUCAAGAACGCUGUCAGCGAGGCACCCACGCGAUGCUCGCCGUUCGAGCAUCACCGGUCACGCUGUGUGAAGUAUUGGCCGAAUCCAACUGUGAAGUAGCCUGUCAUAAUGGCCCUAACGACACUGUUUUGAGUGGACCACUUAAGGAGGUUAUGAACCUUCAGAAUUCCCUGUCUGCGACAGGUAUCAAAGGUACUUUACUGAAGCUGCCAUUUGCCUUCCAUUCUGCUCAGGUUCAGCCUAUUCUAGAAGAGUUCAAGAACGUGGCCCGUGGUGUGACCUUCCACAAGCCACAGAUACCAGUAUUGUCUCCUCUUUUGGUUAAGGUGAUCGAUGAAAAGGGCACCGUGGAUCCAGUUUACCUCGCCCGCCAUUGCCGGGAGCCAGUCAAGAUGGUGUCAGUCCUUGAACAUGCUCGCGAUCAGCAUAUCAUCACAGAUCGCACAAUUGUCAUUGACGUUGGACCCAAGGCAUUAAUGGCUGGAAUGAUAAAGACGACACUUGAUAAGGACACCAGUUCGGCUCUGCCAACUCUGGGACCCAGUCUAGACGUUUGGAAGAGCCUGACUAAUAUCUUGGGUACGUUGUAUUCACGAGGGUUGGAUAUUAAUUGGGUUGCGUAUCACGAGCCGUUUGGAUCUGCGAAGAAAGUCAUCGAACUCCCUUCUUACGGCUGGGACCUGAAAGAUUACUUCAUCCCAUACAAGGGUGAAUGGUGUUUACACCGCCAUGAAAUUCGUUGCAGCUGCGCGACUCCAGGGAAGGAGACUGCAACGAGCGACUACCAGCUUCCUUCAGAUGAGCAGGUCGCAGCUAAGAGGCCUUCAAAACAAGAUGAAAGCAAGGAAGCAUAUCCCGAGAUAGUGGCCACUACAACAGUGCACCGUGUAGUGGAAGAGAAGACUGAGCCACUUGGGGCUACUCUGGUAGUAGAGACCGAUAUCUCUCGCCCAGACGUGAACCAGAUUGCUCAAGGUCACCUGGUGGAUGGAAUACCACUGUGUACCCCGUCAGUAUAUGCAGAUAUCGCCCUUCAUGUUGGGAGGUAUUCCAUGAACCGCCUUCGAGCAAGUCACCCCGGCGCCAUGGACGGUGUUGUCGACGUUGCCGACAUGGUAAUCGACAAGGCCCUUAUUCCUCAUGGCAAAUCGCCACAGCUGCUUCGGACGACGCUGACUAUGACAUGGCCGCCGAAGGCUGCAGCUACCACACGUUCCGCGAAAAUCAAGUUUGCUACCUACUUCGCCGAUGGCAAGCUUGAUACUGAGCACGCGACUUGCACUGUUCGCUUCACAAGCGAGGCGCAGCUCAAGUCAUUACAGAAAAAAGUACCCGAAUAUCAGGAACGAAUAAAGAAAUUAGGAGAGGGCCUUCGCCAGGGCCAGUUCAUUCGAUAUACGACCAAGAGCGGAUACAAGUUGAUGAGCAGCAUGGCCAGUUUCCAUCGUGACUACAAGCUCCUGAACCAUCUGAUCCUGAACGAGGCGGACAAUGAAGCGGUCUCGACAAUGGAUUUCUCCGCAGCCAAGAGCGAGGGCACAUUCGCUGCGCACCCGGCAUAUGUUGAUGCCAUUACUCAGGUUGGCGGCUUUGCUAUGAAUGCCAACGACAAUACGGAUAUCCAACAGGAAGUUUUCGUAAACCAUGGAUGGGACUCGUUCCAGGUUUACCAGCCGCUCGUCAAGGGCAAGACUUAUGAAGUGUAUGUGCGGAUGACAGAGGACGAGAAAGGAGAUCUUGUUCAUGGCGAUACCAUUGUGCUGUAUGGCGAUGCUGUUGUUGCAUUCUUUAAAGGGCUUUCGCUCCGCCGUGUCCCCCGAAGAGGCCUUCGAAUGGUUCUGCAGCAGGCGUCCGACAAGGCAGCUCGUCUACAUGGGAAUCAACAAGCCGUCAAAACCCAGGCACCACAGCGUGCAGCUCUUAAACAAAAACCCCAGUCGUCACCAACACAGCCGCAUGCAUCAAAGGUGGCUUACUCAAGAUCAGCAACCUCGCCAACGGCUGGAAAACCAGUGGUGGCUGCGAGAGACCUAUCGCGAGAAGGAGAUGAUAAAUUCAAGGCCGUUUUGAGCGUUAUAUCUGAGGAGAGUGGUGUUGCGUUGGGAGAACUCACAGCUGAUACCAAUUUUGCUGACAUCGGGAUAGACUCUCUUAGCUCUAUGGUCAUUGGUAGCAGACUACGUGAGGACCUUGGCCUUGAACUUGGAGCCGAAUUCUCCUUGUUUAUCGACUGCCCGACUGUCAGAUCCCUCAAAACGCUUCUCUCUGGAUCAGCGGUAAGUGUGAAUAACGACAAGGAUGAGCUGGAGCCUGGUCAAGAAGCAGAGACGGCGGCGCCAGAGCAACUAGACUUACGCAUUGGGGACGCCGCGCCCAGCAAAGUUAGAGAUGCCAACAUCGAGCCACUCGAUCUUGGGGAUGAGCUGUUCCGGAACGUGCUCAGAAUCGUUUCGGAAGAGAGCGGAGUGGCGCUCGAUGAGUUGAGCGCUGAGACUGUCUUUGCUGACAUCGGCAUCGAUUCGCUGAGCUCCAUGGUGAUAACGAGCCGCUUCCGUGAAGACCUUGGGAUGUCUCUGGACUCGUCGUUCAACCUAUUUGAGGAAGUACCAACAGUUGCACGCCUACAAGAGUUCUUUGGCACCACAAGCGGAAGCACGACCGGUUCGUCAGGCUCGGGCAGCUCUGAGGACGAGACCGAUAGCAUCCCAUCGACUCCGGAGGAAUACACUACCGCAGAUACCCGGGUCCCUGAAUGCCGUCCAACCACUUCGGUAGUUCUUCAGGGUCUUCCCCAGAUGGCCAAACAGAUCCUGUUCAUGCUCCCCGACGGCGGCGGAUCGGCAUCUUCGUACCUCACAAUCCCGCGUCUCCAUGCCGACGUAGCCAUCGUCGGGCUGAACUGCCCCUACGCGCGAGACCCCGAAAACAUGAACUGCACUCACCAGUCCAUGAUCCAGAGCUUCUGCAACGAAAUCAAACGUCGCCAGCCAGAAGGCCCAUACCAUCUCGGCGGCUGGUCCUCCGGUGGCGCCUUCGCCUAUGUAACAGCCGAAGCCCUCAUCAAUGCAGGCAACGAAGUCCACUCGCUAAUUAUAAUCGACGCACCUGUCCCACAAGUGAUGGAAAAACUUCCCACCUCGUUCUACGAGUACUGCAACAACCUCGGUCUCUUCUCCAACCAGCCCGGUGGCACAACAGACGGCACCGCGCAGCCCCCGCCAUAUCUAAUCCCGCAUUUCCAGGCCACUGUCGACGUGAUGCUCGACUACCGUGUUGCGCCGCUGAAAACCAACCGCAUGCCAAAGGUAGGUAUUAUCUGGGCGUCUGAGACGGUGAUGGACGAGGACAACGCGCCCAAAAUGAAAGGGAUGCACUUUAUGGUGCAGAAAAGGAAGGAUUUUGGGCCGGAUGGGUGGGAUGUGGUUUGUCCGGGGGCGGUGUUUGAUAUUGUGCGCGCUGAAGGGGCAAAUCAUUUUACGCUGAUGACGAAGGAGCAUGUAUAUUUGGUUCGGGAACUUAUUGACCGUGUAAUGGGAUGAUUACUUGUUCCGUAUAUACGUGGCAACGACUGAAUAUGACUAGAUAUUCGACCAUAUUUAUCAAAGGUUCUCAGGUAUUCUGUGUCGAGUGCACAGAAUUGGAUGAAAAGAAUAAGCCAGCAUAUUCAAACCCAGUCUUAGAGUAAUUGUUUACCCACCUCUCACUUGAACAGAAAAGCCGAAGAUUCUUUGGAACUUGAAAGUUCUCUGGUACCUAUUAGUAGCCGGCGCCGUGGUAAACCUAACAUUGAAUGGUCCGUGGACAGUGCUGAGUAG